AUGUCUCUUAAGAGUAUGAUGCGAGAGUUUAAGGAAAUGAAAGAUGGUAUUGGGAACAUAUCAAAGAGAGGUGGGGAGAGCAAGCUUUGGCGUAGCCGAACUCGAUCCCAUGUAGUUUCGGAUCAGCCUCCGGCGGAAUCCGAAUGCGUCAAGCAAUGCCCUUGGGCGAAUCUGCCGCCCGAGUUGCUCUUAGAUAUCAUCCAUAGGGUGGAAGAGAGGGAAACAGCUUGGUCUGCUCGAGCUGCUGUUGUUUAUUGUUCUGCAGUUUGUAGGUCUUGGAGGGAAAUUACAAAGGAGAUUGUGAAGACUCCUGAGCAAUGCGGAAGGCUAACAUUUCCGAUCUCAUUGAAGCAGCCUGGUCCUCGUGAGUCUCCGAUACAAUGCUAUAUUAGAAGGGACAGGGCAACUUCUACUUAUCUUUUGUACUUUGGUCUGGUACCGUCCGAAGGAGAGAGUCAUAAAUUGCUUUUGUCAGCGAGAAAAGUCAGAAGGGCAACAUGCACAGACUUCGUUGUAACUUUGGCUGCCGAUGAUUUUGCUAGGGCCAGCUAUUCGUAUGUCGGUAAACUAAGGUCGAACUUUUUGGGUACCAAGUUCACCAUAUAUGACAGUCAACCUCCGUACGACUCAAUGAUCCCAUCGACUACCCAUUGGAGAUUCCACUCUAAGCAGGUGUCCCCGAGAUUACCUGCAUGCAACUAUAGCAUAGGUACCAUUACCUAUGAGCUCAAUGUUCUGCGAACCCGAGGACCGAGGAGAAUGCAUUGCAUUUUGUAUUCAAUUCCUGCAUCUGCUGUUCAGGAAGGAGGCACUGCCCCAACACCUUUGGCAUUGCAGCAAUCCUUCGACGACCAUCUUUCUCCCUUACCUAGUUCAAAACUGAUAGAGACUGGCUCCCCAAGCCUGGCAGUCACACCUUUAUUUUCCCAGGGCUCAGGAGAGCCGUUAACCCUUAAAAACAAGGCUCCUAGAUGGCAUGAACAGUUACAGUGCUGGUGCCACAAUUUCAGGGGUCGUGUGACGGUGGCCUCUGUUAAGAAUUUCCAGCUUGUUGCAGCUGUUGAGCCUGCACCUAAUGUAUCACCUGAAAACCAAGAGAAGGUAAUCUUACAGUUUGGAAAAAUUGGCAAGGACAUCUUCACCAUGGAUUAUCGAUACCCCCUAUCCGCUUUCCAAGCCUUUGCAAUCUGUCUUAGCAGCUUUGACACCAAACCAGCUUGUGAAUGAUUGGAGAUCCGUAUCAUUGGUGUUGCCACGGAUUCGA